GAUGGGACCGGGCGCCAUGGGGCAGGUGGCAGUGCCCGUCAGGGAGGCUCGGGUAGGUGUAAAGAUUUCUCUCUGUGUUACUGGAAUCCCUAUUGGAUGCUGCCCUCUGAUGUUUGUGGAAUGAACUGCUUUUGGGAAGCGGCUUUUAGGUACAGUCUGAAAAUACAGCCUGUUGAGAAAAUGCAUCUAGCUGUAGUUGCCUGUGGUGAAAGACUGGAAGAAACUAUGACCAUGUUGAAGUCAGCUAUCAUUUUCAGCAUGAAACCUCUUCAAUUCCAUAUUUUUGCUGAAGAUCAGCUCCAUCAUAGCUUUAAAGACAGACUUGACAGCUGGUCAUUUCUACAAACAUUUAAUUAUACGUUAUACCCCAUAACCUUUCCAAGUGAGAAUGCAGCAGAGUGGAAAAAACUCUUUAAACCAUGUGCUUCACAGAGAUUGUUCUUGCCGUUAAUCCUGAAAGAAGUUGACUCACUAUUGUAUGUCGACACUGAUAUCCUUUUUUUACGACCAGUUGAUGAUAUUUGGUCUUUACUAAAGAAAUUUAAUUCCACACAAAUUGCUGCAAUGGCACCAGAACAUGAGGAACCUCGAAUAGGAUGGUAUAAUCGCUUUGCUAGGCAUCCAUACUAUGGAAAAACUGGAGUAAACUCUGGAGUUAUGUUGAUGAAUAUGACUCGAAUGAGAAGGAAGUAUUUCAAGAAUGAUAUGACAACUGUACGACUACAAUGGGGAGAUAUACUUAUGCCAUUGCUUAAAAAAUACAAACUGAACAUCACAUGGGGUGAUCAAGAUCUAUUGAAUAUCGUGUUUUUUCAUAAUCCAGAAAGCCUUUUUGUUUUUCCGUGUCAAUGGAAUUAUCGACCAGAUCAUUGUAUAUAUGGAAGCAAUUGCCAAGAAGCAGAAGAAGAAGGAAUCUUUAUUCUUCAUGGGAACAGAGGUGUUUACCAUGACGAUAAGCAACCAGCAUUUAGAGCUGUUUAUGAAGCACUAAGAAAUUGCUCUUUUGAAGAUGACAACAUCCGUUCCUUAUUAAAACCUUUAGAACUGGAACUACAAAAAACAGUGCAUACAUACUGUGGAAAAAUUUACAAAAUAUUUAUCAAACAACUAGCAAAAAGUGUAAGAGAUCGUUAUGCCACAUCACCAAAGGAAAAGUGAUUCUUGGUGACUGCUAAAUCAAAUGAAUGAAAACAACAAAGAAUCAGAGGACAAGUGUGAAGGAAUCGUCUUGGAUGAAGUAUUCAGGAAGGAAUUAUUCAUCUCCAGAAUAAUUUUUUUCCCCUAAAGAAGUUAAAUGAGCAGUAUUUUCAGGUAAUGAAGAAUAAGUUAAAAUCUUGGGCCUCAACAAUGAAACAUUUUUUAUCUCUGAUAUUUUGUAAUGUAACUAUCAUUCCAGUAUUGAUGAAAAUAUUAUUGAAUGGUUUUAACCUGCAGACUUCUGUUGACUCAUACUCUCAAGAGUGGUAGGGGUGUGUAGAUGGAGAAAAUGUACCUCAAACAGUGCAAACACUCAGACUGUGAGUAGAGCAAUAAUUUUAUGUCAGCACUAACCUCACUUUAAAUGUGUGAGAAAAAAGUUUGUUUACAGGAGCAGAAACAGUUCUGUUUCUAAAGAAAUGUGACGUAACUGAUGUAACCAUUGACAAUCUAUGUGUGCCUUUAUACAUUUCAUCUCUGUUUUAAAAUAUUUUUAUGACAAUCAUGUUUAAAAUUAUUUUUAGAUUAUAAGUAAGCUGCAUGUUAAAAAUUGAACUGUGUAAGGUAGAGGAAAAAUACUGAAAACUUUGGGGUUUUAAUCUGUGUGUGCGCAUUUGUGUGAGAGAGCGAGCGAGCGAGAAAUGUAGUGUUUCAUUUUGUAUGCAUUAAACUGUCUUGCCAAAACUCAGAUUUAAGAUUGUUAAAUAGAUAUUUGGGAAUUUGUUUUAAAUCACUUUAAAUGAAAAACGUCAGCUUUACUGGGCAUUCUGGAAGCAAAAUGUAUUAUGCUGAUGAUAAAAUGAGAACCUUAAGAGUAUACUCAUAUGAUGGUGGAAAAUGUGAUGGACCAAAAUACAUAAGCUAUAUACUUUCUGUGAGUAGUAAUUUUAGUUACAAUGGAGUAGAAAAAUGUGGUCCAUUUAAACUUGUCUUCUACCUCAUAAUAGCCUUGCAAGAUGCUUUUGAAGAAGCAAAUAUCUAGAGCCUUACUUUAAGUAAGUUAAACAACUUAAGUGGAUGAUUUGGAUUAAGAUUGUUACAUCCACCUAUAGAAAAUGUGGUUUUAAUUGGGUUGAUGUGCAUAUCUUCCUUUUUUGAGUGUCACUUAAGACAGUUAAUUUUUUUUUAAAUCUUGAGAAAAAUAUUGUUUCUUUGGCAUUCUUGACCUGUUAUCUAAUAUAAAUAUAGACUCUGAAUACUUAGCAUAUACUAUGCUGGGGCACAUAUCUUAUUUUACCAACAGCAUGAUUAUCUAUAUGGUUAUCUUCUUUUUCUCUCUGAUAUUUUAAUGCUCAAGUAGAAAAUUGAAAAUCAUGAAGGAAAAAUAUCACCAGUGAAAAUCGUGGCAGUUAGUUUUGUGAAGACACAGUGACCUCUGUGGAGACAUGGAAUGUGCAGAAAGAGAUGGUUAGUACAGUUGUUCUGUUAUCUGCAGUUCAGUCAGGGGCAAAUUGAGAGAGGAAAGUUUAAGCAAGGUGCAUUAGAAGUUGAUAACCAGCCCAGCAUUCUUAGAACAGAUGGGUUUAGAGAACACAAGUUGUAGUUCCUUGGCAGAAUGCCGUGGUGGAUAUAAGAAACUGUGAAAUUGAGCGUACUGAGUAGAAAAUGAGAAUACUAAAAAUGUAAAGUUUGGAGGGUAUGUAUGAGAUCUUUUCUAAUGGUCCUCAAAUAGAUCAUUGCCUGCCUGACUAUAUAAGAUUCUUGUUGGGAGCUUAAGAGUAGAUUCCUGAGCUAGGACUUUGGAGACUGUGGCAUGCUGUAUCUAGGAUGGAGUCUGUAAAAAAGUUUCUAAUGAAGAGAUUUAAAAAUUAUACAAAACUAGAAUAGUGCACAACAUCCAGAUCUGACACUUACCACUAUCUUACCAUGUUUGCGUCGUCAUUUUUUUCUUUGCUUAAGUAUCUUAAAAUCCCAGACAUCGUGUUAUUUCACUGCUGUGAACACUUUAAGUAGAUACCAUGAUAUCACACCUAACAAAAGCAGCAGCAGUCCUUCGGCUUCAUCUCAUAGCCAGAUUUCCCUGAUUAUCUCAAAUAUGCCAUCUUCUAGUUGGUUUGUUAGAAUCAGGGUACAGAAUAUAAGUCACAUGAUGAUUUUGUUUUUAACAGUCACCUCAGACGACUUUGAUGUUAGCUACUGUGGGAACCACUGGAAAUUAUUUUGCCAACUUGAAGUUAGGAUACCACAAUUCUUGGCACAGUUGGUAGAUUAUAAAUGUGAUUUUGAAAUAUUAGAGGAAGCAUUUGGGGUUAAUGACAAGAUAUGAAUUUAUAUUAGUAAGUUCGAUAAGAUUUAAUUUCCUCAGUGAACGGAGAGUCUCAGCCCCAUGGGCUCUAGUUGAUUGGGACUUGUAUAGAGCGUGGUCACAGUUGAAUCCAACUGGACUGUAUGCUGUGGUCUCACUCAUGGUGUGGAUUAUUUACACUGUCACACACUCUACAUGGUGGAUCAGUUGGAAGGUUCUUCAUCUGGUUUAUUUAGACCUGACCUGAUUGAUCGUUUUACCAUAAAUUGAAUUAAUAGUGAAAGCUCUCUUUUAGGUACUGUUUCUGCCUAAAAUUAAAGGUAUCACAAAAUGUGUAUAAUAAUUUUUAAAUGAAUUUUCUGAAUUUAUCUUUAGACAAGGUAAUUCUUCUUUUGAAUUCUAAAGAAAUGCAGUUCUUGGAGUUGAUGAGAGGUUGAAUUAUAGAUGGACAACUUAGAGAAUGUAUUCCAUUUUCAUAUAAAUGGUCUUUCAUAAAACAUAUAUCUAUGCAGUUUAUAUAAAUUACAUGAUUUAUUAUUUGAGUCUAUGUAUUUUGACCUCAGAACUAUCUCUGGGCUACAGUAUUACCAAAGUGGGAUGCCUUUAAAAUGCAGUCAGACUUCAUUUGUGUGAAGUAGAAAAGAACUUGGGAAACCUUUAAAAAUAUAUAUUGUGAUUUACGCUUUAAGAAAGUGCAUACUUUUUUCUAAUGAAGAGUAGUUCAUAAUAUAUAAGGGUUUUAAGGCCCUGAAAUAAUAAUAGUGCUUACUCAUUGCUCUCUCAUCUUGCCUCCAGUCAGAUGUUAUUGGUAUAGUGAAAAGAAGACCAGAUUGUGAACUAGAUCUGGAUUCUCUUCUUAGUUACUCAGGCAUGUUAUUUAACCUUCUCUGUGCCUUAGGUUUUAAAGUACAAUCAGUGUACCCUUCAAACCUCACAAGAUGAGACUCAGAAGAGAUAAUGGAUUUGGAAGCAUUCUUUGUGGCUUAUGUUAGGCCACACCAGUGUUACUUUUGAAGUUCUGUUUUGUUCUGUUGUUUUCUGUACAGAGCGUUCAGUUUACUCAGGCUGAAUGUUUUCUGACAUAUAUCUCCAGUAUGAAUUUGUUUAUUUUAUGUAAGGAAGAGUUUUUCAGGAAGAGAAAGUAGAGAAGAAAAGAAUGAUGUAACUAAAUCAAAAAA